AUGAAGUAUCUUGAGUCAUGUGUGAAGACAAGGUACAUUCUCAGAGGUCAAUUGGCAAAAAUUGCACCGUUGGCAAAUGUCAAUAUCCGAGUCAACAUACCUACAGCUAAAGGUUCUUCACAUGACGACUAUGUUGUUGACAAAGACUUACCAUGGUUGAAGAUUGUAAUUGUCCACAACCACUUCAUGUUGAACGAAAGUCUUACAAACCCAUUCUUUGGUAAAAGUAAGUGCAACAUUGUCAGAGCUGUAAACAUUCUUUUCGAGAAAGGUUUGUUGGAACCAAUUCCAGAUGACAAGCUGACAGAAACUUUUGUACCAAAAGAUGAAACAAACUUUUCAUUGUUAGUAAGACCAAAAGUUGUUCCAGACAAAGUUCUAGUACAAAAGAAGUACACAGUUCCACAAGAGGUUGGUAUGUUCGGAUACCAACCUGAACCAGAAGAACUUCCAAUGAGGUUGCAAGAACUUCAAGAUGCUAUAAACAAACUUCCAUUGAGACAUCCAAUUGACGUCAAAUUGUAUUGGAGAGCAUCUGAGUUAGGUCAGAAGGUUUUAUAUGAAACAGGUUGCUUCGACGAUGUUUAUGAGAUAACAGGAGAAGUUUCUCAGAAGAUAAGAGACUCACUUGAAUUUCCACAAACUGGACCAAUUGGUUGCGACAAGUUCGACUCAGAUGAAAAGAUAUACUAUGUCGACCUUAACGCUGCAUACAUGAGGUUUGUCCAAUAUAUUCCGACUGGAAUUCCAAACGAAGAUGGUGAGUUCCCGGGAAGGAACUAUACAGUUGGAAAAGUCAUACAACAACUGUAUGAUAUUAGGAAAGCUUCAAACCCCAAACUUGCAAUGACACUCAAAUUGCUUAUGAAUUCGACAUGGGGAUAUUCCAUUAAGAAACCUCAAGAGAUGAAGAGUAAACAUUAUGAGAAGGUCGACAACUUUGUUGAAAGG